AUGAUCCCUCUCAUUGUUCCUCUCAAUCUUCUCCUUUUCCUUCUACUCUUCGUUUCUGAUCUUCUUCGCUGCUGUUUCUCAUUUGUCAAUUUUGUCGUGGUCCUGGCUCGCGGGCCCUCCACGGUCAUGUUUCAGCGCAUACGUGAGGCGAUCGAUUCCCGGAUCGCAGAGGAACAGGCCCGCCAGAGAACCUCCCAAGAUGUAGUCUCUCGAUCCAACUCCGCUCGUCGCCCUACCCGCAAUCUGUCCCCGGGUCGACGAUCUACCCGCCCCCGACGCAACACAGGCACUCCCGUCCGCACCCCCGAUCCCAACGAGUUUGAGCCGGAGUUCGCGAUCGGAGAUGAUGAGGGGUCUAGUCGAUCUGUCACUCCGCGGUUGGAGUCUGCAGGUGGACCCGAGACGCCGUCGGGAAAGGACGCUGCGGAGGACAAACCAUCUACAGAUGAGCCGUCGGCUGGGAAAGAGGUGCCUACGACGGAGGGAAAUCAGCUGUCGUCGGAGCUGCCUCCGGAGAUCAGAGUCAAGUUACGCAGACUGACCAAGUUGGAAUCCCGGUAUCAAGAACUCCUCAAAGCGUACCGUAUGGCCCAUGCACGUGUCCUGUCGAUCGAACCGUUUGAAGCCGCGCUACGAGAAAACACUCCUCUGACAUCGAUUGCCGAUCCGAAAGCUCUCACUGAGUACUUGAAUCAGAUCACAUUGAAAGGGGAUAUGGUGAUUGAGGAGCUCAAAAGAGUGACUACGGAAAGGGACGACUACAAGAAAAAGCUGGAGGAAGCGCAGAAGUCGACAAAAGAGGCUUGGGACGAAGUCGCCAAUCUCAAGGACACCACGCAAGGCGCCAAGGAGGAGAAAACCGCCGCUACUGAAGAUACCGCCUCAAAGAAGGAACCGCCAAUGAAAGAAGAAAGCGAGGAGUUCUUUUCGUUCGAUAAUGAACUACCCCGAUUGGAGUCCGAGCUGAAGGAGAAGCAGGAAGAGGUUGAAACUCUCAAAUCGCAAGUCGAGUCGCUAAAGCGCGAUCUUGCCGUCGCUCGUGAGUCCACGGAGGGCAUGGUGCAGAAUCUCGAAUCCGCAACUCGUGAGCUCGUGGAAUUGAGAGAUACUAGGGACAAACAGGAUUCGGAAAUCAAGGAGCUGAAGGAUAGCAAGCAGGCUGAGGUUGACGAUGUUAAAGCCAAGCUCGCGGAAUCCGAGGAUGCCAUUGCCAAGGCAGGCGAGGAGGCGGAGAAACUAAAGGCUGAGUUGAAGCAGAAGACGGAAGAAAUCGAAAAGCUUCAGGAUCAAGCCACGCAGCCGAAGGACAAUGACCAGCAAAAAGAGCUGCAGGAAAAGUUGGAAGAGGUCGCCAAGGAGAAAGACGCUAGCGAGAAAAAGUUGGGAGUUCUCCAGGGUCUCGUGGACAACCUGCGGUCUCAGCUGAAAGACACGGAAAUAGUGGUGUCGGAUCUCAAGGCUGACAUGGGAAGUAAAGUCGAAGAGCUGGGUAAGCUGCAGAACGUCGUUGACUAUCUAAAUAACAACCUGAAAGACAACGCCGAGUGGCAGCAAACCAGAGAUCAAGCGGCGACUGGACAGUCCCCCGACUUUGACCAACUGCGAAGGAGCCUGGCACCUCCUCAUCAAGAAUCGGGUGGUGGCAAUGUGGCUACAGAGCCAGAGCCUCCAGCAAAUGGCGCGACUGGUGGCGCGGGCGCGGGUAAAAAGAAGAAGAACAAGAAGAAGAAGGGCGGAAAGGGCGGAGAAGAUACGGCCAAGGCUACCGGUGCCGCUGUGGUCAAGGACAAGGAAUCGCACGGAGCAGAGUCCGAGCAAGCAGCGUCGAAGUUGGCCGAACUCGAGCAAAAGAUUCAGACGCUAACACAGCAGCUGGAAGAGAAGGAGGCAGCAAUCGACCGACUGAGCUCCAAACUUAAAGGAGAGGAGGACCUCAAAGAGGAAAUCGAGUCCUUACGCGACGAUUUACUUCACCUUGGCCAAGAUCAUGUCGAAGCGAAGGACAAGAUCAAGGAACUAACUGCAGAAAAGAAGGCUCUAGAGGAGACGGUCUCCAAGUUAGAGAAAGAAUUAGCAGAUAUACGGACGAGCCAUGCCUCCAAGAGCGCAGACUCGGAGAAGAUGCACAGUGACCUGAAGGAGGACUACGAAACCCUCAAAGUCAAACUUACCACCCUUGAGACGGAGCUCUCUGCCGCUCAGCAACUGGCUGCUACUAGGUUCAAGGAUCUGACGGAUUUGCGGGAGACUUUGCAGAAAUUGCAACCCGAAUUGAAGAGCCUGCGGGCGGAAUCGUCGGAACUGAAGUCGACGAAAGAGGCCCUGGCGAGCAAGACAUCUGAAUUGAGGAUCCUGGAGGGUAAACACGAGGAGUUACGUUCCGAAGUGAAGACUCUCAAGUCUACAAUCUCCGAGCGCGACGCUGAGGUUAAGACCCUCAACCAGAAGAUCAGACAGGAGACAGACAGCCGUCUCAAGGCCGAGGAGAAUCUGACCGUUGCUCAAUCUGACCUACGAUACUCGGAGAGCAAAAAGCAGGAAGCCAUUGAAACAAAGGAGAAGAUUGCAGCAGACCUGUCCAGAGCGCAAGAUGAGCUCAAGACCGCUCGGUCUCAGCUGCGGGAGGUUGAAAACAAGGUCACUCAAUUGAACAAGGAGCUUGGUGGUCUGAGGGAGGAAAUUCAGCUGAAGACCGCACAGCACGCCAGCGCGCAGAGUCUGAUGAACAGUAUGCGCGACCAGAGUGCUGAGCUAGCGAUGCAAAUGAAGGAGGCCCGGGAACGCUGUGAGAGCUUGGAAGAAGAGCUGGCCGAUGCUCAUCGCUUGCUGAGCGAGCGGACGCGCGAGGGUGAAACCAUGCGGCGCUUGCUCAACGAUAUUGAGGGCCGCGCCGAGGCCAAGGUGCGCGACUUCAAGGAGCGGAUGGAGGCCGCCAUUGAAGAGCGCGAUCGGGCGGAAGACGAGGCCAACGCUCAGGGUCGGCGCCGGGCCCGAGAGCUAGAGGAGCUCAAAACCAAGGUUCGGGAAGCCGAGAAAGCACUGAGAACGGCGGAGGAGGACAAGGAAGAGCUCGAGCGAUCCCAAAAGGACUGGAAGCGCAGAAGGGAUCAACUCGAGGAACAGUCGGAGCGCUCAGCGCAGGAGCUAAACGACAUCCGCCAGGCCAUGGCACGGUUACGUGACGCUUUAGACGAAAGCGAGAAGCAAGUCCGUGACCUGGAGAAAGAGAAGGCCGAGCUGCGUCGUUCCGUGGAAGAAACGAAUAGCCGACUGGAGAAACUUCGUAAAUCCAACCGGAUAUUGUCGGACGAAACUCGUGCAGUCCAGAACCCUCAGUCCUCGCGUUCAUCGAUCGACUCGGGAACGAGAAAGGCAGUUGCAUCUCCCGUGUCGAAGGGCCGUAGUCCAUCGACGCAGAGGAGUGAAACGCCGACGGGAGCUCCGAUUGACUACAUCUACUUGAAGAAUGUGCUUUUGCAGUUCUUGGAACAGAAGGACAAGAACUACCAGAAGCAGCUGAUUCCGGUCCUGGGUAUGCUGCUUCAUUUCGAUCGAACGGACGAGCAAAAGUGGAUGGCAGCCAUUACAUCCCGAUGA